GCAGUGGUGGUGGAAGGUGACGUUGGUGCUGCGGGUGCUGCACUCAUUCAUUAGCACUCAGACCAUCAGCUGUUUGUGAGAGUGAAUUAUAGGUAAUCUAUGGAAAUUAAUUAUUUCAUUUAAUCCUAUUAUUUGGUCACACAUUUUCAAGUGUUAGUUCUGAUAAUUGUCUAAGGAGUGAAAAACAAUGAAGUGAGUGACCACAACAAUGUAACUGUUUUUGGAACAGUUUGUCGAACCUAAACAAUUCGCUCUGGAUCAGCGCACAUAGACUGUACAUCUGGUUUUAGAUUAUCACGCUUGACAACACACCUGUCCAAAAUGAACCUGUUAUCGUUAUGGGCUACAGUCGCUCUUCUACUUUUGUUUGUUUCACUAGCACCAGAAUGCACUUCAUCCGACCUCGAUCGCAUCAACCCGCACUCUAGCGGAGUUGACAACGCUGGUCAUUCGAAAGUAUCUCAGUCAUCCCGAGGAAGCCGAUGGCCCAACCGCUUCAAAGACGACACUUCGGAUAGCAGUCGCUCAGGAAAAAGACGCAAGCGUGGCAGAAAAAAGUCAUCUCGACACCGACAACACAGUCGGCGGUCGCAUCAAACCGCGUCGGAUGAGACAUUUUCUUAUGACAAAUUUCCACGUGAUGAAGGCGGUAUUACUACUAGCCAAAGACGCGGGCAGUCCUACCCAUGGAGUGGUAGAGAGUACGUUGUCGGUGGAAGUCGUAUUACAACCACAAGAAAAGCCAAAACCACUAAGACGACCAUCAGUUCAAAUGGUACGGUGAGAGUAUUACCUGGAAGUACCAGAGUUUCCACUUAUACCAAUUCUACCUCAUAUGCAUCGCAACUACCUCAUUUCCCUGGAGGUGAUUUGAUCGAUCACAGCUUUCCAGCUUCAUCUCGGGAGUCGUCUCGUUUUCCCGAUAAACACCAGCCUACAGGAGAUACAGAUUAUUCCAGAGUCUCAGAAGAAGAGACUGUGGACGAUUAUGAAGAAGUUAAUGAAGUCGAUUCGGAAUUUGCCAAGGGCCGGCAACUGUCUGAGGAAGAAAAAAUGCACCCCUUGGAGAUAUACAGUUACGGAACAUCUUCAGGACGAGUGUCCAACUCGUGCGAGCGGCGCUCCUGUUACCCCGCGACGGGUAAUCUUCUCCUGGGUCGCCAGGAUAGACUGUCCGCCACAUCAACUUGCGGCCUCAGAAGCAGGGAGAAGUUCUGCAUCGUGUCUCACCUGCAGCACCGCAAGAAAUGUUUCUGGUGCGACUCUCAGACGGCGCAGCGCGGCAAGCCUCGCUUCUCUCACACCAUCGACAAUAUCAUUGACAGGCUCGACCCUAGGACUGGCCAGCGGUCGUGGUGGCAGAGCGAGAACGGCGUGCAGAAUGUAAGCAUUCAGCUGGACUUGGAGGCAGAGUUUCACCUCACUCAUCUCAUCAUCACCUUCAGAACCUUCCGGCCUGCAGCCAUGCUCAUCGAGAGGUCUUUCGAUUUCGGUCUAACUUGGAAGGUAUACAAGUACUUUGCGUACAACUGUGCGGAGAGCUUCCCAGGCAUCAAGCAAGGCCCGCGCUCGAACAUCUCGGACAUCAUGUGCGAGUCUCGCUACUCCUCGACGGAGCCAUCCACUGAGGGCGAGGUUAUAUUCCGUGUGAUGCCGCCUAGCAUCCCGAUCACGGACCCAUACAGCGACGAGGUGCAGAGUCUCCUGAAGAUCACCAACCUGAGGGUGAACUUCACCAAGCUGCACACGCUGGGUGACCAGCUGCUCGAUACCAGACCUGAGAUUAAGGAGAAGUACUACUACGCUAUCUACGAGAUGGUAGUGAGAGGAUCGUGCUCAUGCUACGGACACGCGUCUCGGUGCCUACCAUUACCAGGAGUACCCAACCGACCAGGCAUGGUGCAUGGUAGGUGCGAGUGCACUCACUACACUACGGGGCUCAACUGUGAGAAAUGUCAGGACUUCUACCAUGACCUGCCAUGGCGACCUGCUGUCGUUACUGAGUCCAACGCGUGUAAACGGUGCAACUGCAACAACCACUCGACGAAGUGUUACUUCGACCCAAAAGUGUACGAGGAGACCGGCCGCAUCUCAGGAGGCGUGUGCCAGGAAUGCGCGCACAACACCCAGGGCAGGAACUGCCAGGAGUGCGUGCCUUACUUCUACCAGGAGGAGGGGCGUGAUCUUAGGGACCCUGCCAUCUGUCAGCCGUGUAACUGUGAUACCCGAGGCUCCCUCAACGAUGGCAUAUGCGAGUCUCACACGGACGAGAAGACAGGACUUGUGGCCGGACGCUGCUCGUGCAAGCAGAACGUCGACGGCCUCAAGUGUGACAACUGCAAGCCAGGCUACUGGAAUUUUACUGCCGAGAAUCCUCUUGGAUGUCAAGAGCUCAACGCUGGUUAUCUUAGGACAGAAGAAUACCGUCACCAACCUCGCUCUGAGUGGCCAGUGGAUUACUGUACCUGCAACCGACUGGGUACAGUCAACAAUCAGGGCUGUAACGUGCACAGCGGUGAAUGUCAGUGCAAAAGGUUCGUGACUGGACGCGACUGUAACCAGUGUCUGCCUCAGCACUACGACCUCAGCGACCAUCCUGACGGCUGUAAACCUUGCGACUGUGACCGCGGCGGCUCUCUCGACAACGACUGUGAUGUCAUCACCGGACAGUGCAAAUGUCGGCCACACGUGGUAGGCAGACGCUGUGACGAGCCUGAGGAAGGCUACUACGUACCUAGCCUCAACUACCUCACCUACGAGGCUGAACUGGCCAACGGGUCGGAGCUCUACUGCGACGAAGCGAGUUUGUUCGGCUACAAGACUACGUCCGGUAAAAGCUGCCAGGUGGUGAUGCGGGAGCGCAACAAGGACGGGUCGAGGGGCACGUGGACGGGGCUGGGCUUCAUGAGGGUCGUCGAGGGCUCCAGGCUGGAGUUCGACAUCGAUAACAUCGAGACCAGCAUGGAGUACGACCUCGUUAUCAAAUACGAGCCCCAGUUCCGUAACCACUGGGACAACGUACAAGUGACCGUCGAGAGAUUUGAACCCGUUGACCCCACGGGCCCGUGCAAGAACGUCCGGCCCAUCAACGACCAAAUGAUUGUUUCUCUCAGAGACAGUCAGUACCACGAGACGUUAUUCCCGCCGCUGUGCCUGGAGGCCGGCAAGCGCUACAAGGUGCGCGUCGAGUUCCGGCGCACCAACGCGCAGCAGGACCUGCCCUCUGCCUCCAUACUCAUCGACUCGAUGAUGUUGAUACCAAGAACAGAAAAUCUGCCGUUCUACACGGGUUCUCUGGAGAACGACAACCUACGUCAAGAGUUCGAGUACUACCGCUGCAGGGAUAGCUUCUACACCGGCAGCUCGGAGACCCUGCCCGAGCUCUGUGAAAAGGAACACCUCGACAGCAUCGGCUUCUACGUCUACGGACAGGCCUUUGCAUGCGAGUGCGACAAGACGGGUGCGCAGAGCAACAUCUGCUCGCAGUUGGGCGGGCAGUGCAACUGCAAGCGCAACGUCGCGGGCCGGCGCUGCGACCGCUGCACUCCGGGAACGUACGGGCUCGGUCCUCAGGGCUGCACCCCCUGCGAGUGCAACCCUGUGGGGUCCCUCGAUAACUUCUGUAACGUCAUCGACGGAAAGUGCAAGUGUCGACCUAACACCUAUGGACGACAGUGCAACGAAUGUCAGCCUGGCUACUGGAAUUUCCCUAACUGUCAGCGCUGUGAAUGUAAUGGUCACGCUGACAGCUGCGAUCCUGUCACUGGUGCUUGCAUCAAGUGUGCCAGCAACACUGCCGGCCCUAACUGUGCUGUCUGCAAGGAGGGGUACUACGGAGACCCUCGUCUGUCAGUGGGCAUCUCGUGCCGGCAGUGCCCGUGCCCCGGCAUCGCUGGGUCAGGUCACUCCUUCGCCUCCCGCUGCUACCUCGACCCCUUCACCAAGGAUGUGGUGUGCGAGUGCGAGGAGGGAUAUCUCGGCCCACGUUGCAACGAGUGCUCGGACAACUACCACGGUCAGCCAGACCUGGUAGGAGGCUUGUGUCGCUCCUGUGACUGUAAUGGCAACAUCGACCUGUCUCGCCCCGGCAACUGCGACCGCAAGACUGGCGAGUGUCUCGCGUGUCUCUUCGAUACGUCGGGACAAAACUGCGGUCGCUGCAAACCUGGAUACUUCGGAGACGCGCUUGUCAGAAACUGCACGAAAUGUCGCUGCGACUUACUCGGCAGUCGUAACGAUGAAUGCGACCACAUAACGGGCCAGUGCCCAUGUCACCCUAACGUGAUAGGCCAGGAGUGCAGGAGCUGUGCUCCUAACCACUGGAAGAUCGCCUCUGGCAAGGGCUGCGAGAAAUGUGACUGUGAUCUCGUCGGCUCCAUCUCUGACCAAUGCAAUGAGUUCGACGGCCAGUGCCAGUGCCGGGAAGGCUUCGGUGGCCGCCGCUGCAAUCAGUGCCAGACUUACUUCUUCGGCGACCCACGCAAGACUUGCUUACCAUGCAACUGCAACCACGAGGGCUCGUCUAACCACCAGUGUCACCCCGAGACCGGCAAGUGCGAGUGCAACGAAGGCAUCGGCGGCGACAAGUGUGAUCGCUGCGCCCGUGGCUACAGCGGCCAGGCGCCUCACUGCCAGCCUUGUGGCGAGUGCUUCGACAACUGGGACUUUAUACUUGACCAGCUUAAAGAUCGCACGGCCGCGUUGAUUGAGUCCGCCAGUCAGAUUCGCCGGAGCGGCGCUACGGGCGCGUACAGCAACGAGUUCGAGUCCAUGGAGGACAAGAUAGAAGACGUGCGCAACAUCCUGCUGACUGCCAACACCACCUCUCAGGACCUCGUCGCUCUACAGGAACUCAUCGAUAAACUCACCGGUGAAUUAGACAGUCGCAGCCAAGAGUUGGCCGGCCUAGAGACGGCCGUAGAUAACACAACCCAGCGUAUCAGCCUCGCCAAGAACUCCCUGGUGACGCUGCGCGACCAAGCGGAGCUCCUCAGGAACGAAGCUGGAGACCUCAAGAGCAAAGCCACGAAGCUGCAGGAGGCAAAUGUUGAGGGGGCUCUCAACUUGACGCGCAACGCGAACGAGCGUUCGAAGAAAGCGGAGGAGCGCGCGCUGUCCACGGAGAGCAUCUUGCAAGAGUCGCGUCGUAACCGCAAGCGCACGGAGCUCAAGCUCCUGCACAACGCUUACUCCUUCCAAAACAAUCCCAAGAACAACGAUGAGAUGCUCGAUAAACUUUCGAUGCGCCUUGAUGCCAUGAAAACUGCCAUGCCUGACCUCAACGAAAAGGUGUGCGACAAACGCGGUGACCCUUGCGACAGUCUGUGCGGAGGUGCCGGGUGUGGUACGUGUGGCGAGCUCGCCUGCACUGAAGGCCUCGUGCAAAAGUCUCGUCUUACUCUCAAGUUCGCCACUGAUGCCGAGACGACACUAAAAAGCAAGGAAGCCGCCACCGACAACCUGCUUCGAGGCAUCUCUGGCGUCAAGAGACAGUCGGAUGAAGCCAAAGCCUUGGCGCAGAUGGCUUAUGACGCCAGUCUCAUGUCAAGAAAUGAAACCGAUGCCUACAAAAUGGCUCUUGCUGAACUGCUACGCAACAUCACCGACUACUUUGAGAGCCCUGCGGCUACGCCUGAUGGCAUACGUACACUUGCUGAAGAGACCAAAUUACUGGACAUUAAGCUCAAGCCAGAGCAAAUCACGGAGCUCGCGACGAGAAUUUCCAAAACCAUCGACUCUCUCACCAACAUCCAGACCAUCAUUGACGCCACUAGGAAUGAUCUCCUGACCGCAACUCGACUCAAGGAACGUGCGGACGAGGCUCGUGUGAAGGCGGAGGAAACUUUGGAUGUUGCAUUGCGCGUCGACGACGCCCUUCAAAGUGCUCGGGAGGCGCAAGAUGCCGCUGAAACUGCCAUCAGCGGCGCCACGGACGACAUCAGCGCCACCGAGGCCGACCUCAGCCAAAUCGCCGUCGAAACUGAAGCAGCGGACCGUCGUGCCACCACCUCCCUUCAGGAGGUCGAGAACCUCGAGGGGCGGCUCACUCAGGUCAAGCAGCAAUAUAAGAUCAACCAGCGACAUCUCGAGGACACCAGGAAUGCCGUGGAUGAGGCCACAGUCAAGGCUCAAAAAGCCUCCCAUGAUGCGACGAAUCUUGAAGAUCGCUAUCAAGAAGUUAUCAGGAUCUUGGAAUCGAAGUCCAGCUCUGCCGAAGAGGCCAGGAGAAGAGCUGAUGCCCUAAAAGAAAGAGCCAACAAACUCGCUUCAGAAACCUUCAACCAACUCAAACUGCUGCAGGACCUGCAAGAAAUUUUCAGCAAGAACGAGGUCUCCAUAGAGAGUUACGAGAGCGAGUUGCGUGUGAUGGAGGAGAGCAUGGUUGAGUACCACUCAUACAUCCUCCAGAAAGCCGAGUUCUACACAACUUGUACGUCUGGCAGACGAUAGAGUCACCAGAAAAAAUGUGCUCUACAUCAUGCAUUCUGCGAGAUUAACGUUUUCUGAACAACCUGUACGUCUGCAGACAAUAGUCACAAUUAUUAAUGUGUUCCAAGCGAAGUAAAAUUUCCUUCUCUAUCUCAGUCAACCUACAAAUUGCAAAGUUUUACAAACAUGCAUGUCACAAAAGUUUCGGUAACGUAAGUAUACGUAAUAUUUAUCGUACAGACUCAAAAUAAUUUGUUGCAACGCCACGCUCUAUGAGAAUACGCCUGACAAAUAUUAACUUAUAUCGAUAUAUUUUUCGUGGUAAAAUAAUUUAAAUUACUGUUGAUUUCAGGAACUUUCCAACUAUUUUUUACUUUUAAUUAUUUUGAAGCCGGGUUUUAUUCUGCUUAUACCUUUGUAACGACUUCUAACGGAUUUAUUUUUUCUUGAUUCAUUGACGGUAACUUUUAAUGGGUUCAGUUAGGACUUACGGUUUAUUAGGCUUGGUCCAGGCUCCAAAGAAGACGAAGCAACGUUUUGUUAUGAAGGAACGUGACCUAGCUCUACUCAGCGAUAAUGAUUGUUAGAACGUCUCAGGAAUCAAUUAACUAUAGCUUGUUUGCCAAUGACAUUAUUGAUCCAAUCUUAGAUUCUUGACUCUACUUUUCAGGCAGAGAAAAGGCAUGAAUGUUAGAAAAAAAAUCUGUUCUUUUGUCCCUGAUCUUAGCAAUGUGAGUCUUCAUUGCAUUUUUGGGGAAUUUACACUCAGGAUUCUCAGCACAACUGUUAAAUCCACCAAAGGUAGUACAUUAAACUUGUCUAUCUGUAUCCUCCUAGGUUAAUAAGUCGGAGCUGCAUUUUUUUAGCAGUUACACUUUCGUUGAAUUGCGAGAACAUAAAAAAUAUGAAAUUUUACGUGCAUUUACACAGAAUCUCACUGCCAGCCUUCAUGACGUGUUAUUACCAUCUGUCCAGGAUUCAUUUGCUAUUUCCUCUCGAAUAACGUAUAAGAACAAUUAAAAGCAUUUGAUAUGUAAAUAAGGGCUUUUGUGCUUAACCAGACAGACUUAUUGCGUUAGAUUUAUUCUUAGAAUUCUGAUAGAGUUGGAUUUAAUUUCGAUUGUCCUUAGAUAUUAUUAGCUAACAUUCAUAGCACUAUUAAUCAGAAAGCUGACUAAUAUUUCUGUUAAGUGUCCCUUGAAGUUACGAUAGACUCACUCUAGUGGCCUAACUUUAUUGCAUUUAUACCAAAGUUGUACGUUUUUUUCAGUCAACAUACAAACAAAUCAAUUUUGCAAUGGCACAUAUAAAUACUGUUUUUUCCUUCCUGUGCAACAAGAGCGAUCGAAAGUUUAACAGAAGUUCUAGGGACUAGUGGAACACUGCCCCUACUCUAUAAAUCAUUUUGACUUAAAUGUAUCAUUCAAUAAAAGUUUUUCUAUUAUAUAUUAAAAAAACAACACUUUUUUUCAUCUCACCUGUGACUGAAUUAUUGCGCCGAGCUUAGCUUUUGUACAUUAUGAAGCUUGAGCCCAUUGAGUUGUGCCAUCCUCAUGUUCUUUUAUUUAACUAGACGUGGCGAUAUCACAAUAUAAUAUACUAGGUUGUAUGUUUGACUCCUCUUAUAAUUUCGCUUUAAUAUUUAGCUUGAAGAAAGUUGCCGAAUUGAUUGUGUGCGAAGUAAUUUUCUUAAACUGGCAAGGAUAGAUACGAAAUUCUAACAGGCUUCACCGCUAUCUAAUUUAUUGCGCAUAUAUUCCUAUGUUUCUAUUCUAUUAACAUCGUAGUCAAAUAUUCACUAAUUUCUCAAUUAUUAUACUUUAAAUUCUUUAUAAUUUCUUGCAUUCGUUCAACAAAGAUUUGCUGCGUACUAAGUUCGUUGUAAUGCCUAAUUUUGUAACAAGAAUGUAUUCAAUAAAAUCAGUUAUUCAACACAACUUUUGUCUGCAAUAAAUUUUCUGUCCGGAU